UUCCCAUUCUGCUGCUUUAUCGAUCCAGACCAAAUCAUUCCCAAGAGGAAACAAUCGUCAACAACAACAACGCAUUCAUGGAUGUUUACAGGAAAUACAGUUAUGGGGACGAGGUUACUGUGGUUGAGGGACAGUAUUUAGGAAAGAGAGGACAGUAUGUUCAUCCUACCCAUGCCAUUGUCUUAGCUGAUGGAACAGUAAUUCAUGUGGAGCCAUGGGAUCUUUGUGCUGCCACCAACCAAGCAAAAGCUGCAGUUGUUACCACCCCAAACCGUGAUUUGCCUCUUAAACAACAGGAGGUUGGGGACUCGGUUCAUAUAGAAACAGGAAAUUACCAUGGCCAAACGGGGAUGACUGACAAAAGGGGAACAAACAAAAGAUCCCGGAAUGAGUAGUUGGUGGGUUUAAUGUUAGGUAUAUAGCAUAAAUUAAUGUCUGAAGCAUUAUGGGGAACAAAUUGCAGACUCUUUUUUCUCUUGACGUGAAUCUUGUGUAAGGGAACAAUAGUAUCUCUUUGCUUUUAUGCAUUUUAAUGUCUUGUUUUGAUCUCAAGAAAUUUUGUUACAAUUUUGUUAAAAUGAAUCUGCCGGUUUUCGGCAUCGUCAUUUAUGUUGUUUA